UCACAAAUCGACGAGAGAGGAUGCCGGUCCACAUUGAUCCUCGAUCGGGUGAACCCAGUGGCCCUUGGGAAAAAAAGUACCGUAGCUACAUAGGAAUGUUGGCCAAAACGAAAGUUUCUAUUGCAAUUGCAUGUUGGGAUGACGUCGCGGAGGUCGAGAAGAACCUCCUAUGGCAAGAUCUUGUGCACAAAUUUGAGAUUACUCCGAACACUGAGCGAAUUAGAAAGAAAGUCUUAUCUCACAUAGCCACCAGAUGGAGGGACUUCAAGGCAAGGCUCACACGUUUAUAUGUGUUUGGAGAUAGACAACAUGACACUCCUUGUGAGAAGUACAAAAUCUCGGAGGAGGAGUGGAUGCAAUUUCGUGCAUGUAGAGAGUCUGGAGACUGGAAAAAAGGACAGCAGCCCAACAAAGACAAAGGCUUAAUGAUACACCACAUGUACUCUCUCGAGGUGGUUAUGCAUUAUUGGAGAAAAAAUUGAAAAAGUCGCGUGCAGAGUCUCUGGGACUUGAGUCCCCUGACCUAGUGGAUGCAAUUCCUAGGUACGAGAUGUGGAAGGCUGCUCGGACUAAGUCCGAUGGGCAAAUGACAUCACAAUCAUGUUGUGGAAGGCUGCUUGGAUGAUGUGGAAGAGAGAGGAAAGCAAAAAGCAUAAAGCAAAAGCAAAAGUAGACAUGUACCUUGUCUCCUUUUGC